CACAUCUGCUGGAUCCAUUCAGCUCUCUGGAUUUUCUCGUGAAAAACAGUCAGUCGUCAUCGCAGCAGUGGAGUGGAGUGGAGUGGAGGUUGGUGGUGGUGGAGGGGGAUCAGGGGGCUGUAUGGAGUGUGGAGACCUGCAGCCUCCCCAGCACAGCUUUACGAGUGAUGGAGGGCCUCGGUGCUGGAGGAGCCGGGCCGAGCUAAGAGCCAGAGGAACACAUUGUUAUGGCAACAUCACAGAGAGUGUGUUUAGACUGUGCUGA